AUGAUUUAUUUCAAUAUCAAGCCGAUAUUUAUUCUUGAUUCAACUAAAAUAACUGAUUUAAAAUUAGAUGUUAUUACAAAGCGAUUAGCCUCAAAAAAUAGAACAACAGAUAAAACUCGUUCGGCUUUUAAUGUAUUAAUUAAUGAAUGUUCAGAAUUACUUAACUAUCUUGGUUUACCAAUCAUACGAGCUGAUGGUGAAGCGGAAAAAUUGUGUGCGCAAUUAAAUCAAAUGAAUAUCGUCGAUGUUGUUAUUACUAAUGAUAGUGAUUGUUUUGUAUAUGGUGCUAAGACGAUUAUUCGAAAUUUUGGUAUCGAUAUGAAGUCAAUAUCAUUUGAUAUUUAUGAUCGACAUGAAAUUGAAUCAAAUUGUCAUCUUAAUCAACGUUCUCUAUUAGCACUUGCAUUACUUCUUGGUUCUGAUUAUGAUAGUCAAGGUAUUCAAGGUAUUGGUCGUGAAAAUGCUUUAAAAUUUCUUCAAUCAAUACCAUCAAAUAUUGAUCCUGUUGAUUAUAUACGUACAGUUUUAAUACGUAAUAAUCCACAAAAUAAAUAUGAAUUAAAGAUUUUAAAUAUAUUAAAAAAUAAUAAUAAAAAUAUAAAACAUUUUGAUAAAAUUAUUAAAGAAUAUUCAUCAUUAGAAUUAGAUAAUUUACCUCUUAUUGUAUCAAUAGCAUCAAUUAAAUGGUUAAAACCAGUACGUCUUAAACAACUUCAAUUAUAUAUGAAAAAGAAACUUGAUUGGAUUGAAUCUUAUACAUUUAUCAAGGUUUUUCCAUUAUUAACUCGUUUUCAAAUUCUUUAUCGUCUUAAUAUGCUUGAACUUGAUGUUAGCGAUAUACUUUCCUUAUCUGAUACAAUCACUUUUCAACCCAUCUCUAUAAAAAAAAUUCGUAUUCGACAAUUAAAACAAUAUUAUGAAGUCGAAUGGAAACAAAAUAAUUUAUCAUCAACAAAAACAUUUGAAGAUCAAAUGGCUAAUUUAUCACUUAUGAUAUUAGAUAAUGAUGACGAUGAUGAAGAUGAAGAAAAAUUAAUUACUAUUGAACCAGCUGAUCUCUUUCGUCAUGCUUAUCCUGAUGUAGUCAAAACAUUUGAAGUACCUAUAUCAAAACCAAAAAAACCAAAGAAAACAACAAACAUCAAUGAUAAUAAAUCGACAGUAAAGAAAAAAAAAGUGAAACAACCAUCAAAAACAGUUCCUGCAUCAACAUCAAUGUCAUUGGAUCUAUUAAGUAUGAUUCAAAAUGAAACAUAUGAAAUUCCAAUAACAAAAACAAUAUCAAAGAAAAAACAUACUAAAUUUAAUCAUCGACCAACAAUGGCUGCAUUAUCAACAUCAAUUAAUAUUGAUGUUCUUAGUGUAUUACAAAAAUCUAUUGGAAAUAUAAAUUUAUUGAAAAAAUCAAAAUCUCGACCAAUUAAACAUCAUACUCAAUCAGAUAUGAUUAUUCACACUGAAAAAGGGGAUCACAAGUUCAAUGACUCAAAAAAAGCGCCAAAAAUGAGUGUCUAUAAUAGUGUUGCUACAUUGGAAACUUCAUCAAUAUUAGAAUGGAAGCAAAAUUUACAGAAAAAAACUGGAGUUUAUGAUCAAAGUUUAGACACAACUAUAAUUCAAUUAAGUCCAGAGGAUAGUUUAUAUACAGCAAUAUUAACAUUAAUUGAACGAAAAGUUCAUCGUAUACCAGUUGUUGAUCCUCUAACUCAUGAUUUUUUAUUUUUAAUUACACAUAAACGUAUAUUGAAAUUUUUAUAUUUAUACAUCUAUGAUCUACCACAACCUCAUUUUAUUCAUCAAACUUUGGACGAACUUCCACUCGGUACCUAUAAAAAUCUAGUAAUGGUAAGUAGAAAUUAA